UGUGUGUCCCGCUUCGGAUACAUUGUGACACCGUCGGGAUAAUGUUCGUAAAUCGUCCGUGCGUAUCGUAAAUAAAAGUUCCUAUAGAGUGGCCCUGCAGGACACGUGUGGGGCUCCUAUGGCUAUUUUGUGAGACAAUAUAAUGUGUUUUCUGCAUGCAGGGGACAGGUGAUCAAACCUCCAGUCUUUUCGAUACGCAAAGGUGCAUCUCGGGAGCGGUUUCAGCUCAUGUUCCUUCAAAUGAAAAUGGACUCCAGCUACAGCCCGUAUCGCGUGUGGUCGUGAAUUCUGCAGUUUGAAUUUGCCAACUGGAGUUUGCACCCUACUUUUAGAGAUCCAGAAUGAAUUAUCGGAGGUGUUCUUAAUUAUCACAGCGGACGUUCGGAGAUCUGUGGAUCACUUUUGGAUCUCUCUGACCUGCGGUGUAAGAGACGGCUAUUGUUUGCUUAAGCAGAGUUGUGACCCAGCCAUGGACAAGAAGUCAUUUGAAGUGGUGCUAGAUGAAGUGAGAAAGGCUGUUCUCACGGAUUACAAAGUGAAAGCCUUGGAAUAUUCACAUGGAUAUUUUUCCAGUGAACAGGUUGUGGAAUUAUUGAGGUACUUUUCAUGGGCAGAACCCCAGCUUAAAGCCGUGAAAGCUUUGCAGCAUAAAAUGGUUGCUAUUCCUGCAACUAAAGUUGUGAAUAUAUUGAACUGUUUUACGUUUAGUAAAGACAGAUUAAGUGCACUGGAGCUACUGGCUGUGAAUAUUCAUGAUGCUUCAAAUUAUCGACCAAUUGAAGAUCUUUUUAGAAUAAACCUAACUGAGAAAAAACGCUGCCGACGAAUCCUGGAACAGGCGGCAAAGAUUGGCUGCAAGGCCCCGAAUGCUAUGAUUUCUUCAUGCGGAAUGAUACCAGGCAACCCUUAUCCCAAGGGGAAACCUAGUCGCAUUAAUGGAAUCUUCCCAGGUACGUCCGUGAAAAAGGACGGUGAAGAAUGUACAAGCGAAGGCAAAGGAAUUGCAGCACGCAUUCUUGGACCUUCAAAGCCGGCUCCUUCGACGUAUAAUCCGCACAAGCCUGUGCCGUACCCAAUACCACCGUGCCGGCCACAUCCAACUAUUGCACCAAAUUACUAUGGGAAGACACUGACGGUAAAGAAGGAACAGUCACAAUUAAGUACCUCUGGAGAAGGUCAAAGUGUAUCUGAAGGGGGAGGGGCAACAACCCAUAGUGUGAAUGGUCGUGAUUGGGCUAAAAGAAACGAAAAUUACAGUGCCUACAGCAAUGGUAGCCUGAUCCCUGGAAUUCUCCCUCCACCGUAUGCUGCUAAUCCUGCAGGCCUAGCCUCUGGAAUUGAAGAUGGCUCUACCCAAUCAAAAUCAACACAGAACCAAUCAAAUAAGCAUGCUUCUCCACAUGGGACCAAUGCUCCACCAACACCUUCUGCUACACCAACUCCUGCACCAGCUCCUUCUCCUGCCAAGACUAUAAACCCUCCAUCUACUCCAACUUCUCUUUCUGGAAUCAACAUGCCUUCUCCAGUUUUUCAUGGGCAAACAGGAGCUUCUGUUGCAUCUCCCAAACCUUCUACGCCAACUCCUACUGUUAUAAAAAGUCUUCAAAUGUCUGCUGGUACACCCACAACAGUUAUGAGUGCACCAUCUACACCAAGCCCAUCAGCGUUUCCCAGUCUUCCUCUUCAUGUUCAGACACCCCAAAGGUCAUCUACUCCAUGUGCAAAUCCAGUACUUAAUGAGACACUGCCACUUCCAAGCUUACCAUAUUCUGCCACAACAUCUACUGCCUCAGUGAGCUCUGCCAACAUGAUGUCCUCAAUAUUUGGUGGUCUUCCAUUGCCCCUAAAUCCUUCCUUGCAAGGCAUGCAGAGUCCUACCCUGUCUGAUCUUGCCAAUGCUUCUGCUGGAUCAAUGAACUUGGGCAACCCACUGUUAUCUGUACUUAAAGGAUUUUUAGCGUCAAGUGAUGCAUCGUUACUGAAUUCACCUUCAAUGCCUUCUGUGUCUGCACCUGGACUAUUACCAUUACCUAAUCUUCAAAACCCAGAUUCUGCAUCAGCUUUAAACAAAUGUUACACCCCACCCUGCUCUACUCCCACAUCUCAGAGAUCAUCCACUCCAGGAAUGUCAAUGUUUCCAAGCUCAGCUUCACCUUCCAUAACCAAUCCUAUUUCAACAUCAGGUCAAUCUCUUUUGGCCGCUCCAUCUCCACUGAGUUGUCUUCCUAUCGCCCCUCCUUGUCACACCCCAUCCUCCAUAUCAGAACAUCAUAGUUCGUCUUCUCCGGCUUCAAACAUUGCUCUUUUAGUAAAAAGUGAACCAUCAAGUCCGUCACCUUCUGCCUUUAAAGGUCCAUCCCGUUCCGCUACUCCUUCACUUGGCUCUUUGGGGUUACCUGGUGUUCUUGGUCAUGUUUUUCCACCUGGACCUGGCAGCUUGUCCAAUUCCAUGAAUCCAGGGUUAUCUGGCCUUUCUUCUAUGAAUGGGAACAUCGGUAGCCCUAAUCUGUCUUCAAUAUCAACAAUGCCUCCUGUUUUCCCCCCAUUUACUUCUCUUCCUAAUGGGUCUCCAUUUGCUGGUAGCCCAGUCCUUAAUCCUAAUGUAAGCAUGCUAGCCCCCACUACAGCUUCUGCAACACCUCCUCCUACCUCAGCUGUUUUUCCUGGCCUUUCUGCUGCUGCUUCCCCUUUUCCUCUGAACUUACCUGCUGGUGUCCCCUCACUGUUUUCUGUAACACAACCACCUCUUGUCUCUUCAAAUCCAUCAUUUCCUGGUUUCACAGUUUCUAGCACACCACCUAUCAACCCUUCCCUAUCUACUCUUCCGAACUUUCCUGGUCUGCAGGCUCCUUCGUCAUUGGCAGGAGUGCCUCCAGUCCCACCAGCUGCCACAGCUCCCUCUCCAGCUUCAGUUCUUCCGGGAUUUGCUUCUGCGUUUAGUUCCAACUUCAAUUCUGCCCUGGUCGGACAAGCUGGGCCGUCAGCAUUUCCUCUCCUAUCUCUUUCGGGUCUUCCUGGAUUUCCUCAAAGUCCCUCACAGUCAUUACAAGGACUCCAACAAAGUGCAGCAGCUGCUGCGGCAGCCCAGACCGCACUGUUACAGGCUCAUUCUGCAUCAGCCCUAGAGGGAUUUGCGCCUCAGCCAGAUGCCUUCGCUGGUUUCCCGGCAGGACCUGGUACACCGUUCCCACUUCAGCCAGGAUUGCCGCAGCGUGGCUGGCAGUAAAAAGGAGAUGGUUUAACCCCAUGAGUGGCAGUUGACAACUUCUAAGAAUUGGCGAUGUAAAAUAGGGCUUCCAUGAAAUGAUCUCAUGGGGUUAUGUAAUUCUAUAAAACAUAAACUGAAUAUAGUAUAAAACCAGUAGAUAAUUAGAAUCCAAAAA